AUGUCAACUGAGCCGCGAACCAUCCACGCAUACGCCUGCUUCGGCGAGAAGGAAGAGGUGAAGCCGUGGGAGUACAAGUCCCGUCCUCUGGGCCCUGGAGACGUGGAGGUCAAGAUUUCGCACUGUGGCAUUUGUGGCUCCGACCUGCACACCAUGGACAGCGGAUGGGGUCCAUCGAUCUACCCGUGCGUCGUGGGUCAUGAGAUUAUUGGCGAGAUCACACUGGCUGGAGACGAAGUCAAGGGCAUGAAGGUCGGUGACCGUGUGGGCGUCGGUGCCCAAGUCUUUGCGUGUCUGAACAAGGACCCCGCGGCACCGUGUAAACUAUGCUCCGCUGGGGACGAUGCCUACUGUCCACACAGAGUGUGGACGUACAGCGACAGAUACGCCGACAAGACCGUGACCUAUGGCGGCUAUGCCGACUACAUCCGCGUCAUGCAUGAGUACGCCUUCAAGAUCCCGGACAACCUCCCAUCGGAUGUCGCGGCACCACUGUUGUGUGCCGGCGCGACGGUGUUCCGACCGCUCAAGGAGGCGGGCGUGAAGCCCGGCAAGCGUGUCGGGAUUGUGGGGAUUGGCGGUCUGGGCCACUUGGCGAUUCAGUUCGCCAAGGCCAUGGAGGCUGACGCUGUCGUGGCCUUCUCUCGCUCACCGAACAAAGAGAAAUAG